AUGUCAGAAGAUGCAAUUAAGUGUCGUGUAGAAGGAAAACUUGAUGAAUUGAUCGAUUGUGAAGAACAUCCUGAUGAAAAAUUGCACAAGUGGUGUUAUUAUUGUGAUACGUUUGUUUGCAAGGAUUGUAUGCUCGAUAAACAUCGAAAUCAUCCCACUGAUGCCAUUGACAGACUGGCAACAAGAUUACAAACGAAGAUUGACGAAGGUUUAAUCGAUGCUGAAGCAUCCUUGAAUAUAAAAACCAGUGAAAGUGAUGAAUUGUCUAAAAGUAGUGACAUUAGUCAUAAAACGAUAAAGGAAGAAGUCAGUGGAGCAAUGACCACUUUAAAAAAGAUUAUUGAAGAAUAUGAACGGCAGAUCAUGGAGGAAAUUGAAAAGACUGAAAUAAUCGAAACGAAAGACGUGGACAAAUAUCGAACUCGAAUACAAAAUGAAGCCGAAGGUUUACACACUCAAAAGCAACUGUUUCAUACUCGUCGGACAUGCGAUGAUCAGAUGAACUCGUUACGUGCAAAACAACGUUUUCUUAUUCAUAUCAAACGAGUGAAUGAAAUCUUAGGAAGGUUACGAAAGCCGAUCACGCACCAAUAUAACACUGAAGGAAUAAGUCUUGAAAAUAUCGCACAAAUAAGAGAAUUAAUUCGACAUUAUGCACGAGUGACUGUAACUUCACAUCACACAAAAGAUAAGAUCGUUUAUCAUCAUCCUGAAUUGGAAAAUUUCAUUGCCGAUCACCAGGAUGCGCGGCAAUGGACAAUCAGUAUGGGACUAUUGACGGAUCGAGAUGUACAACUCAUAAAUGAAGCAUUGCAAAACAAUAAUAAAUUGAUGGAACUUCGUCUGAUAGAGAAUCGAAUCGACGAUCAAGGAGCAGAAAGUCUUUCCAUCAUCCUUGCACAAAAUCCGACAAUAGUAGAACUUUCCUUACACAAAAAUCGAAUAAGCGACGAUGGAUUGCAACAUCUGGUUGACACUCUUAAUCAAAAUAAAACUUUAAGAACACUCGAUCUCAGUUGUAACCGAAUUACUGAUCAAGGUAUUCAACAACUUGCUGAUGUGCUUACUAGAAAUCAAACACUGGAAAUCCUUCAUCUUUCGGGAAAUCGAGUCGGUGAUCAAGGUGCACAAUAUCUUGCUGAUGCUCUCGCACAAAACAAGAAAUUAUCAAUCAUCCAUCUGUCUGAAGCCAACAUCGGGGAUCAAGGAGCUCAACAUUUGGCUAAUGUCCUUGUUCAUAAUACGGCGUUGACCAUACUAAAUCUUUGUUCGAACAAACUCGGUGAUCAGAGCGCUCAAAGCUUCGCAAAUGCUCUCAUGCAUAACAGAACAUUGAGUACGCUCUACCUCGCCUACAAUCAAAUUGGUAGCCAUGGUGCUCAGCAACUGAUCGAUGCACUACAGCAAAAUACGACACUGAUGAGACUCAGUCUCCAUCAUAAUCCAAUCGGUAACCUAAUACAAGAUUUUGUCCAUCAAUCUUCACGACUCAGUCAACGUAUUAUAAUUUCUUCCUAA